GCAAGUAGUAAAAUCCGUUCCCUCGCCGUCGACGGCCCAGAGUUCAAACAAACAUACACCGCUAGACUGACACUGAUUGACAAGUGUGACACUGCACGCCCCAUUUUGCCAUACCCUCUAGCGGCAGGGAAUCCGUCCUACCAUUUACCGGUACAACUACAACUACAGUACGUUAACUAUUUGUUGUCCAUCGUUGGCUCCGUCCCCAAAAGCGAUCACUACUGCUACUACCACCGCAACGGUAGGAUUCAUUGAACGAGCCGUUACCAGUAGGGCUUUCGAAAAAACAUCACGUGCACACACGCCCAUUGUUGCUAGUCUGUUUUGAUUUUCUACAGCUUCAUCGACGCAUCAUGCCACUGUCGGACGCGUGGAUUGAUUUCGUGGCGGGCUGGUGUUCGGGUGCCGCCGCCGUUUUGGUUUGCCAACCCGUCGAUACGGUACUGACACGGCUACAGGCCGGGACGGUCUCGUCCCUCGUCACCGGUACCACCCGUGCUACUACAACCACCACCACCGCGCGUACCGCAACCCUCGACUUGACGCAGUCUGCUGGAUUCCAGGCACUCUGGCGCGGGGCCUCGCCCAUGAUUACCGCCGUGCCUUUGCAGAACGCUCUGCUCAUGGGCGGCUACGGCGUCGGACAAGCCUACUCCGCCGGAAACUUGGAUUCCGCGGAUCGCCUCGCCGCCAUUUUCGUCGGCGGCUGUACCGGUGGAAUUCUACAAUCCUUCCUCAUGAGUCCGGUGGAACUCAUCAAAGUCUCACAGCAGGUCCGCGGUACCCCCUUGCGGGACGCCGGUGGCGCCGUUCUCACGCACUGGGCCCAACCCGCCGCCUGGCGGGGACUCUACGCCACACUGCUCCGUGACGGCAUACCGCACGGCGUAUGGUUCGCCACCUACGAAGUCGCCAAGGACGGCCUCGAGGAAACGCUGGGGAAGGAUUCCGUCAGUGUACCUCUCGCCAGCGGUGCCCUAGCGGCGACCGCCGCCUGGGCCGUCGGGUACCCCGCCGAUCUCAUCAAAACAAGGAUUCAAGCCGCCGGUCCCACCGAAAACCACGGUAUCGUCGAGACGGCGCGCGCCAUUAUGAACGAAGGAAACGCAGGUGUGGCCGGGCUCUACCGAGGAUUUGGCUUGAAACUGGUGCGGUCGAUACCCGCCUCCAUGAUUGGCUUUACCGUUUACGAAUUCGUCAAGAAGCAAGUACAAGACCGAUGGUAG